AUCGUAAUAGGGCAACAAGGAGAAAGUCAGCCCUUUUUCAGGACUAGCGUGCUGUGACGCUUUUGUAUGGUUAUGUUGGAUGGUGUAAGCAAGUCGGUUUUGAGUGAGGGGAAACUUGGGGGAAGGCAAGACAAAUCAGACUCCAGUCGUCUGAAAAGUUUGAGAGCCCCUGCGCUGGGGCAAACCAAAACAUGCCUGGGGUGUCACUGUGCUAGCAUAUAUCCAGGUGUGUGCAAACUGGAGUGAACUGGCAACCAAUCAGUCCCACCACGAGCAAAACGUGUAGGCUGGCCAGAAGUUGGGAAGCACACAAACCUUCAGGCUCUGUUCUCUUGAGCAGGCCCAGCGGCUGCUGCUGCAACAAUGGCCAAAACAACUUGCAACGUCAGGAAGGGGGCUGAUUGCUGAUGAAAGCAGAUACGUGCAGCUCAACUCAACCUGCCCAGCCGGGUACAAUGGCUGCUGCAAAUCCAGCCAAAACGCUCCAGGAGGAAGCUACUUGUUCCACCUGCCUGGAUUAUUUUAAAGACCCGGUGAUGAUUAUAGACUGCGGGCACAACUUCUGCCGAGCCUGCAUCACCCAGUGCUUGGGGCGACAGGAGACCAGCCUCUCCUGCCCCUGCUGCAGGGGCAGCUUCCCCCAGAGACACCUGAAGCCCAACAGGCAGCUGGCCAACGUGGCAGAGGUGGCCAAACAGCUCAGCCUGCAGCUGUUCAAAGAGCCCCGAGGCGGGAGGGUGUGUGAGAAACACCUGGAGGCUCUGAAACUCUUCUGUGAGGAGGAUCAAACCCCCAUCUGCGUGGUGUGUGACAGAUCCAAGGAGCACAGGGCUCACACGGUGGUUCCCAUAGAAGAGGCUGCCCAGGAGUACAAGGUGCAAAUUCAGAGCCACCUGGAGAUUUUGAAGAAAGAGAGAGCUGAGAUUCUAGCGUUUCAAUCGAGUGGGGAAAUGAAAAGCCAGGAACUUCUGAAAGAAGUGGAAGCCGAGAGGCAGAAGGUUGUGUCUGAAUUUCAGCAGUUGCGUGUGUUUCUGGAGGAACAAGAGAGAUACCCCCUGGGCCGGCUGGGCGAGCUGGACAAGGAGAUUGUGAAGAUGAGGGAUGAAAAUGCCACCAAAUACUCUAAGGCGCUCUCUUGCCUCAGCGAUCUGGUCUGCGAGAUGGAGGGGAAGUGCCAGCAGCCAGCGAGUGAAUUCUUGCAGGUCAUCAGAAGCACCUUGAGCAGAUGUAAGACGGGGAAGGGGAAGUUUCAGAAUCCAACAGCUGAGUCUCCUGACUGGAGAAGAAGACUCCAAGAACUCUCUCAAGAAACCAUAUCUCUACAGGAUGCUGUGAAGGAAUUCAAAGAGUCUCUGCCAUGUGAAACUCUGUUGGAAUCAGAUGUGUAUUUUGAUCCAGCCACGGCACAUCCCCGAUUCGUCGUGUCCGAGAGACAGAAAAGCGUGAGGUGGGGAGACACGCGGCAGGAUCUGCCCUACAGUCCUAAGAGAUUUGAUCCUUCUCGCUGUGUGCUGGGCUGUGAGGGAUUCACCUCGGGGAGACAUUGCUGGAUGGUGGAAGUGGGGGACGGGGGAAACUGGGCUGUGGGGGUGGCCAGAGAGUCUGUGAGGAGGAAGGGAGAAAUCAGCUUGGACCCUGAGGGGGGCAUCUGGGCUAUAGGGCUCUGCAGAGGUCAGUACCGGGUUCUAACCUCCCCUGUGACUCUUUUGACCCUGAGCAGAAGCCCUACGAGGGUUGUGGUUUAUCUGGAGUAUGAAGAGGGGUUGGUGAAAUUUAUAGAUUUUGAUAAAGAGGCCAUGAUAUUUUCAUUCCUACCAGCUUCUUUUACAGGGGAGAAAAUCUUCCCUUUUUUCCGGGUUGGGGAUAUGCAAACGCACCUCAGGCUACUCCCCUGAAUCAUAGGGUAAUACAGGGCCUCGAGGCUCUGUCCUGAAAGCGUCCUUGACAGAAGGAGAUGACCGGGUUACAUGGGCCAAACUCAUUGGCCUUGUCCACACUACAGGGAGGUUUGCGGAAUAGCUAACCCCCACCCCCACCCCCCACCACCUGUGCUGGCAUAAUCCCAUAGUGUAGAUUCAGCCGAUGCCAACAGAAGGGGCUUUGCCGUCGGUGUAGGAACUCCCCCUCCCCAAGCGAAGGGAACCACGUUGAUGGAAGCCUACUUCCGUUGCCAUAGCUGUGUCCAUGCUGGGGGCUAGGUUGGCAUAGCUACCGCAUCCGGGUGUGUGUUGUUUUUUCCCCACAACCCUGACUGACGCAGUGUGUCAACCUAACUUUUUAAGUGUGGCCCAGGCCAUUGUCUCUGGGAUUGUCUGGCCUGUUUCCGCUCCAACCUCUGCAGGUUCCCUAGCAUUGGCUGUCUGCCAGCUCAGAGUAUGAGAGAGGGGGAACCUGGGGUGGGGGAGAGGGAAGGAAAUGGGGUGUGGAGAGAGAAGCCCAAGAAAGAGGAAGUGGAGAUGGGGGAGGGAAAUGGUGAGCAGGGAAGGGAAACCCAGAGAAGACAAGGUGUGGACUGGAGGUGGGAAGCUAGGGAAGGGGGGUGGGAUUUGAGAACAAAGAGAAGAGAUGAAAGGGGCAGGGGUGUGGUUACUCCGUGUGAAUUACACUCACUUUAUGAUGAGUGGAAAGGUGAGGAUCACAUCCCUGUGCACUUGGUGGGAUCCUUCCCCUGAGUAGAGGCCCUGAGGGUACUUCUACACUACAGCGGAAGAGCUACAGUAGGGUUGCCAGCUUGGUAAUAUUUAAAAGCGGACGCUCCAGCAGGAGUGCUGGAACUUCCCCUCCCUGCCUCUUCCCCCCAAGACCCCACCCCUGCUCCGCCUCUUCCCCUGAGGCCCCGCCCCAUCCACUCCUCUAACCCACUUCCCCCUGUCACUCACUGCUUUUCCCCUGUCUGUCUGUCUCUCACACACACACACACACACAAACAUACACACACCCCCGGCCACCUGGGUCAGGGACUCGCCUGCAGAGCCGGGGCUGGGAGCGGCAGUCCCCCAAUGCAGGUAGGAGGUGCCCCAGCUGAGUAGGGGCUGGUACGGGUGAUGGCCCAGCACCUCCCCGCUUCCCCCGCCCGCAAUAACUGGACUUAGAUCUGAUUGGACACUGUCAGGUCCCCUGUUCGACCGGCAUCUGGCCACACUAAGCUACAGCUCUGCAAUUUUGCUGCUGGAGCCCCGUAGUGUAAAUGUUUCCAACAUCAGUGGAAGGGGGUUUUGCAUUAACAGAGUUAAUCCACCUCUCCAAGAGCUGGCAGCUAGGGCAACAGAAGAAUUCUUCCAUCGACCUAGCCGCGUCUACGCUGGGGUGAGAUUGACUUAACUACGGCACUCAGGAGACAACAUUUUUCACAGCCCUGAGAGACGUAGUGAGGCCAAUCCAAGUUUUAAGUGUAGACCAGGCCUAACUUUACUUAUGCAGCUGGUAAAUGCAAGAGCCUUAACAUCAAGUUCGGGCCCAGGCCCUGGUUGGUUCCUUCCAGGGAGGACAAGAAGGAUGUCAUUAAAAACAGCUCCCUGCCUUGAAUUCUUGUGCAGCAUCCGCCUGGAAUCCCAGAUUCCCAGUGGGGAGACCAGAACCCACUCAUCCACACAAGUGGCGAUAGCUGAGCAUGCUCUGAGCUGGGAGAAUGUGAGAGCACCCGGUGGAAGGACUCUGUUUUUAUGAAAGGUUUCUGCUAGUCGCAUAGAGCCAGAUUAUUAUUAUUAUUUUUUAAAGGAAUGGAGGCCCAGAUUUUCAGGAUGCUCAGCGCUCACAUUUGGGGCCAGAUCUUCCGAAGUGCCCAGCAUUCAGAUGCACCCCGUGUGCUGAGCUUGCCUGAAAAUCUGCCUGUUUAUUUAGGUGCCUCAAUGGGAGUUUAGAGAAUCUGACCCCCCAGUUUAGGGUUGCCACCCGUCCGGGUUUUACCCAGACAGUCAGGUUUUUGGCUUCUGUGUCUGGGUGCCAUUUAGGAAAGUCAGCUCGAAAAGGGGACCUGGCAACACUAUGGCACCAGAACCAAAAGCCAGGUUACCAUGGGGCGAGGGUUGCCUCCGACCUGCAGGCAGGCUCCUUGAGACGACCCAGCAAGGGAGAGGGGCAAGGGACAGGGGCGGGGCUUUGGGGGAAAGAGGCAGAGAAGGGGUGGAGCCUUUGGGAGAAGAAGUGGGGCCUCAGGGGUCCAGUUACCAGCAAUUAGAUAGGUGGCAACCCUACCCCAGUUAUGGGUGCUGAGCCCCCAAACCUCCAUCCAUAGCUUCUUGACUCUUACCCUGGAGGACUCCAUCAGAAUCCCUCCUGCGAGCAAAAACUCCAAUGUGGCAUGAGAGCGCCAGGGGCAGAAUCCUGCUCCCAAUUAGAAACCAUCAUUGUAAUAAAGUUACCCACCUUCCCCCUAAUCAGGCUGCUCACAAGGGGGCUCCCCCCCUCCUUUCUAAGGGAAUUUAGUCUUUUGCAGUAAGAAAUAGAAGUAGUUAUAAUGGCAGAAAUUAAAGAACGGAAACCCUGCUUUGAGCCUGGUACGUAUUGCUUCCCGCAUGGAGCAAGGAAAAAUUUGGGAACAUGAAGGAAAUGAGAAAUGUCUGUAGGGAAAAUUUCAUAGAUAUGCACAGAACAAAAAACAUGGCAAAUAUCUGUUGCAUCCCAAGCCUUUCCCAUUAAGAGAAUUGGGUUUAAAGCAUUGUCAUAUUGAUUCUGUCUGUAAUUCCCAUUUCUUGCUUUUUUUUUGGUAUCUGGUAGUAAAUUUACUCUUUGCAAACAA